AUGGCGAUCUUUGUCCCGGGACUACGACGAUAUACAGUCGCACCGACGUGUGACUUUUGUAUCUACGUCAUGUCGCUGAUCUCAAGGCCUCUGGCGAGUCUGCCGCUGCCAUUUUCUUUUAGAGACAGGCAUGGGCUGGUGCCGAAGAAGCGAGUUGGCAUUGGUAAAUCCAUCGACAAUCACGUCUCUUUCCACAUGGUGAUGCAAAGAGAGCCUCUGAGAAUCCCUCCUAGGGCAGAGUACUUUCAGAGCCUCAAGCUAACAUCCCCCUUGCGCAUUUUCGUCAUCGACUUUGAAACGGUGUAUCGUCCUACGCCAAAUCUACCUCAGUAUCUCCUCGAAGUUACUGCUCGUGAUGGAAAUGGUAAGAUAAUUGUGAGCUGCAUUAUCAACAAAACAGGGGUCACGAACACCAUGUUCGCGGAUGAACUUAGGCGCGCAGGUUAUACCAAUCCAGACGAGCUAGGGGUGAGGAGACACCGAGGACCUACAGAAAACAAGCUUCCCCACAACGCCAAAACACCAAAAGAGAUAGUCGACAUUCUAAUCGCCGCAGGCCUUGACCCUAGCGCACUCUGGAUAGAAUACUCCAGAGGUUACUUCGAUCGACAGUGCAUGACGCUCCUCAUUAAAAACGCUGGGAUGUCGCCCGAAUCAAUCCUACCGCCUCGCCACAAAUGCUGGACAGUUCUGCAAGAUUUCAUGCUCUGUCUACCAGGACUGGCCUCUUACAAACUCGGCCGUAUUGCUAAGUUGAUGCACCCCGAGAAUCCAGAUCUGCAACGACUACAUUACUCAGAUGCGGAUACCGCAGUUCUCCUCGAUGUUCUCAAUCUCUGGGUCUUUAAGUAUGGGCGAUUGGAGACACCCUAG